GGGCGCUGCGUGAUGGGAAAGUCGCCGGCUCAGACUCACACUUUCUCCCGAUUUCUUAACUUUCGGGUCGGGGGAUAGGGGAGAAAGCGGCGGUGUCGGGGAGACGAGGGGGUGCGGGCUUGCAGCGGCUGCGUGGUCUCGGACUUCCCGCCCGCGCCAAGCCGCCGGCCUCGCCGGCCAAGUGGGGAGCGGGCGGCGGGCGGGCAGGUGGCCCCGGGCCGCCGCACCCGCGCCUUGGCUCUGCCCCCGGGAGCCGAGCGAACCGCUGCUCCCUCGUGGUGUGAGGGCGGUGAUGUUUUUCCUCCCACCCACUUUCGAGUCCCCCCUCCCCCCUCGCACGCACUCUAGCUCUCGCCACAACCUGCGAGUCCCAGACCUCGGAGGAGCGCCCCGGGGAGCUCGGAGCGCCUGCACGCGUGGACCACGGAGGAGGCCGGUGGCCAGCUUGAGUACACUGGGCCCUGAAAGUUUCAAGUUGCCUUUUGCACUGGCCGGAAUGAGAAAAAAGUGGAAGAUGGGCGGCAUGGGAGGCAUGAGAUACAUCUUUUCCUUGUUGCUGUUCUUUCUUUUCCUAGAAGGAAGCAGAACAGAGCAAGUAAAACAUUCAGAGACAUAUUGUGUGUUUCAAGACAAGAAGUACAGAGUGGGUGAGAGAUGGCAUCCUUACCUGGAACCUUAUGGGUUGGUUUACUGCGUGAACUGUAUCUGCUCUGAGAAUGGGAAUGUGCUUUGCAGCAGAGUCAGAUGUCCAAGUCUUCAUUGCCUGUCUCCUGUGCAUGUUCCUCAUCUUUGCUGCCCUCGCUGCCCAGAAGACUCCUUACCCCCAGCGAACAAUAAAGUGACCAGCAAGUCGUGUGAAUACAAUGGGACCACUUACCAACAUGGUGAGCUGUUCAUGGCUGAAGGGCUCUUUCAGAACCGGCAACCCAACCAGUGCACCCAGUGCAGCUGCUCGCAGGAGGGCAAUGUGUACUGUGGUCUCAAGACUUGCCCCAAGUUAACCUGUGCUUUCCCAGUCUCUGUUCCAGAUUCCUGCUGCCGGGUGUGCAGAGGGGAUGGAGAAUUGUCGUGGGAACAUUCUGAUGGUGAUAUCUUCAGGCAGCCUGCCAACAGAGAAGCAAGGCAUUCUUACCACCGCUCACACUAUGAUCCUCCACCGAGCCGACAGGCUGGAGGUCUGCCCCGCUUUCCUGGGGCCAGAAGUCACCGGGGAGCACUCAUGGAUUCACAGCAAGCCUCGGGGACCAUUGUACAGAUCGUCAUCAAUAACAAACACAAGCAUGGACAAGUGUGUGUUUCCAAUGGAAAGACCUAUUCCCAUGGCGAGUCCUGGCACCCAAACCUCCGGGCAUUUGGCAUUGUGGAGUGUGUGCUGUGCACUUGUAAUGUCACCAAGCAAGAGUGCAAGAAAAUCCACUGCCCCAAUCGAUACCCCUGCAAGUAUCCUCAAAAAAUAGACGGAAAGUGCUGCAAGGUGUGUCCAGGUAAAAAGGCAAAAGAAGAACUUCCGGGCCAAAGCUUUGACAGCAAAGGCUACUUUUGUGGAGAAGAAACAAUGCCCGUGUAUGAGUCUGUGUUCAUGGAGGAUGGGGAGACCACCAGAAAAAUAGCACUGGAGACAGAGAGACCGCCUCAGGUAGAGGUCCACGUUUGGACCAUUCGAAAAGGCAUCCUCCAGCACUUCCAUAUUGAGAAGAUCUCCAAGAGGAUGUUUGAAGAACUCCAUCACUUCAAGCUGGUGACCAGGACAACACUGAGCCAGUGGAAGAUCUUCACUGAAGGAGAAGCCCAGAUCAGCCAGAUGUGUUCAAGUCGUGUGUGCCGAACGGAGCUUGAAGAUUUGGUCAAAGUUUUGUACCUGGAAAGGUCUGAAAAGGGCCACUGUUAGACAAGACAGACAGUAUUGGAUAGAGUAAAGCAAGAAAACUCAAGCUGCAGCUGGACUGCAGGCUUACUUUGCUUAAGUCAACAGUGUCCUAAAACCCCAAACUCAAAUGCAGUCAAUUAUUCACGCCGUGCACAGCAUAACUUGCUCCUUUAUUGGAGUGGUAUGUCAGCCCUUAAACAUCUCCUCCAAAGAGACUAAAAGAGUUUUGAAUUCUCUGUGGGAGGAAGAGGGCUAGGACGCCACAACACUGCUCUAGUGUCUGGGAGAAUCACAUUUCUUUACAGGUUAAAGAGUAAACAAAACCCCUGGGUUUCUAUCUAGAAAGUUAUUCCAGUGAAAGAAAGAGAAGGGAAUUGCUUAGUAGGAGUUCUUUAGUACAGAGAAAAUAUUAGUAUGAAAUUCUUCUCUUUAAAAUUUAGAAUGUCUUGUGUUUAAAAAAAACUUCCCAUAGUCACACACACACACAGGUACACAUACACGUGUGUGCACACACACACAUACUGAACUACAGCCUUCAUUCUGAGGCAAGACUAGUGUAGACUCUCCCCUUCUUUCCCUUGCCUGACUCCCAAGUAACUUGGAGGCAGUUGGCACCCAGGAGGCUAAAUAAGGAGUUGUGAGCAGAAGGCCCUGCCCUUGGGUCGAUGAUGUGGUUGUUGAUGGCACUGAUUCUGGGAAAGAAUAAGAACACUAUUUCAUGGCUGCCUUCACUUUGAGGUGGAAAAGAACUUUUACCUUAUGACACCACUUCUCUUUUCUCCCUAAACCUCCAUAAAGAAGUUAGAAUUGAAAAAAAAAAGAAGUUAGAAUUGAGUAAAACUUUUAGAAAGUGAGUCUACAUAAAAGAAAAUAAUUAUUUAAGAAAAGAGUUGCUAGAAGUCAGCAAGGUCAGCCAUGUGUUUUCAAGUCAACAAAACUUACCAAUUAACAGCUCAAUCCUCACUUAUUGUCCUGAAGUCAUAGUUCUCUAGUCCAAAAAUUUUAGUUAAAUGAUGAAAUUCUAGAAGCUUCUUAAAAGGGCAGUUUCUCUUCUCCAAUUACAGGAGUUGGUUUUUACUUGGCAAAGGGACUCCAUCCUCCCAAGCUUCAGUUAGGAGAAUUAUCGCUCACUGGGGGAAAUGGGGAUUCUGAUAACAAUCCUUAUCCUAAGCUUUCCUACCAUUCUCCUCUCAUGCACCAACCAUGAAUCUGAAUCAUGGAUCCCAAUGAGGGCUGCUCCAAAAAUGUCUCUUUGAAGCCUAAUACCAGAGCCCAAGUGAUCCAUUCUGAGGGAUAACAAUAAAUUCUCCACAGCAGGAAUCUCAAACCUGCUCUCUAGAUUUAUCUCCUCAGGGGGUGCCUGGAUGAACUCUAGUGAAUACUUAAAUAUUAAGGACCGAGAAAUCCCAUUUUUCCUACUCUGUGACCAUAGGUAAGAUGAACAUUUUUUUGUUAUUUGACACCAAUAGGGAAAAAUGUAAAAGGUCCGGUCUUUAUGGCAACCUGGCAUAAAGGAGUCUGUUCUCAUCAAAGAGACACAGAGGCCUGGUGGCCAGGCCUUCAGGGGACCAGCCUCUCAGACACAUUGUUCUCGAGAAGGGGAGGGGAAGGAAGGAGGACAUCCAGAGUAUUAGUGGUGGGGGUGUGGGGGUUGAACAUUAAGCAGCUGCUGUCUCCCACCCAGAGGUGGCAGUAUUUCCAUAGUGUGGAACCAAGUCAUUGGAUACUGAGGCAGUGGUGAUUCCUCUUCUGAUGACUCAGCCCCAAAACCUUCCCACCCAGGUGUUCUCUGAAAGCUCAACCUAAAAGGAACACCCAGGGAGCUUCCCUAGAUAGACUCUUGCCCGCAGGCGCCGGGACACACCUUGGCCAGGCGCAGUGUGAAGCAGGAGCUGGGGUGCUGGGCAAGGCCAACGUAGAAACCCUCCAAUGUUCGGUGUCGCAGAGAGAAAAGAGGCCGAGCCGCCUGUACUUAGUAGAGAGGAAUGGAUGUGGUUCUUCUUGUGUAUUUAUUUGUACCAUAAACACUUGGAAUAAGCAAAGCCCAUAAGUACCACUUAGCAGCUGUAGCCAUUUUCUAGUUAACUCAUGUAAACAAGUGAGAAUAACAUAACAGUAUUACCCUUUCACUCUUCUCACAGGACAUGUACCUAAAUAGGGUACUUAUUUAUGUAGUCACUGUAUUUCUGGAUUUUUAAAUUAAUAAAAUGUUCAUUUGGAAAAA